AUGAUGGUGGUUUUGGUGACGGCACGGCCGCGAAAUCCGACACCGCUCGAAGCAGUGCGAAGGCGUCUCUCGUGCAAAGGAACAUACAACAAGCCCCCAGCGCUUGUAACCAAUAUGCAGUCGGGGGGGAAUAAGUACACUCCUCAGAGCCACCAGGCUUCCGCCACACCUUCAUAUCGUCCUGAUCUGCUUCCUCCGCCAGUAUCUUCCGACUAUGCAGGAAACAACAACAUCGAUAACACCUCGAUGCCAAUGGCUGAUGUGUCAAAUUACCUGCCCACGCCCACUACCAGCAACGAGGACAUGAGGUACCCAUCGACAAGUUCAGAAACGGAAGCAUUCAGAUACGCUUCUCCAAUAGAGGACAUGUAUGGAUGGGAUGCGGAACUCGAAAGGCGUGAAGCUUCACCAAGCCGGGACUCGACAAGCUCCACCGAAGGUCUUGAUGCCUUUGCUCUCAGCUACAGGCGAGCUAAUGGUAGCAAGCACAGCUUGCUGCAGCGAGUCUUCCGCGUUGGCUCUUCGUCAUCUGUGGGCAAGAUGGAGACAGCUGCCUGA